CUGAGUAUGCGCGAAAAAUUCCUCUUCGAAAAUUGUUUUGGUUGCUGGGAGAAUAAUGCUUUGACAUUUUAAGACAAGAACCGAGAGAUUUCAUUUAGUUAACCAUUUGAAUAUGAAGCGAGUAUUUACCCUGAAUGAGAAGACUCAUGGACCAGGGGGAAUAUUUUACCAAUGGCAGAGGUCUUUGGGGAAUUAUUUGGCCACUACAGGAUUUGAUCACAAUGUGAGGAUCUUUGACCGUCAUGGAGAACUUAGAGAAGAAAUAAACCUCCCUGGUUUGUGUACUGGGUUUGGCUGGGAUGUGGAUGGUGACGUCCUUGCUAUCAUUAAUGACAAGACGGGUGUUGUGUUCCUGUGGAACGCCAAUUCAGCGAGACUGUCACAGCUGGAUAGUGGACUCAGGGACAGUCUAACCUUCCUGCUGUGGUCAAAGACAGGUCAACAGCUGUCCAUAGGAACGGCCAAAGGAAACUUGAUGAUAUACAAUCAUCAGACAUCAAGAAAAAUCCCCAUCCUGGGCAAGCACACUAAGAAGAUCACGUGUGGGGCCUGGAGCAGUCAGAACCUGCUGGCCCUGGGCAGCCAGGACAACACGUUGACCAUCAGUAACGCUGAGGGGGACACCAUACGCCAGACCAACCUCCGCGCUGAGCCCAGUGACAUCCAGUUCUCUGAGAUGAAGGGGGAUGAAAGGAGUCAGAUGGGGGAUAACACGGUUAGCAUAGUAAUUGGCAGGAAGACUUUGUAUUUAUACAACAUCAAUGAUCCAGAGAAUCCCAUAGAGCUGGCAUUUCAGCAGAGAUAUGGAAGCAUUGUGGCCUAUAAAUGGUAUGGUGAUGGCUACAUCAUGAUUGGUUUCUCACAGGGUUUCUUUGUAGUUAUCUCCACACAUAUGAAGGAGAUUGGACAGGAGCUGUUCCAGGCUCGUAACCACAAAGACAACCUAACCUCCAUAGCCAUCACACUGUCCCUGAACAAAGCUGCUUCUUGUGGAGACAACAUUGUGAAGAUCCAUGAACUAUCGGACCUGAAGGAAACCUAUGCUAUUCUGAACCUGGACGAUGAGCGUCAACUGGGCCAAAUUAACUGGACAGAUGAUGGUCAGCUCCUGGCCGUGUCCACCAAGGCGGGCAGUCUCCAUGUUUACCUGACCAAGCUGCCCAUGGUGUUUGAUACAUAUAACACCAGGCUGGCUUACCUGACUUCUCUGCUGGAGGUGACAGUACAGGAUAAUGUGUCCGGGGAUGCCCCUAUAGUGCUGGCAGCUGAUGUGGAGCCAGCCUUCAUUGGCCUAGGACCCUAUCACCUGGCUGUGGGCAUGAAUAACAGGGCAUGGUUUUAUGCCUUGGAUUGUGAAGUUGGGGCUCCCCCUGAGAAGUUAAAGGACAGAGAAUACCUGGGCACUGUGCAGUCUCUGAAGAUGAAUGCAGACUAUGCUGCUGUCAGGUUUGAGGGAAAAGUGCAGUUACACAUGAUUGAGGGUGACCAGGGUGCAUCUGAUGACAGGGAGACCCGCCUCUUCCCAGACAAGGACCAGGCAGACACCAAGAUCACCUGUCACUGCCUCACCCCAGAAUUCCUCAUAUUUGGGACAGAUUCAGGGGGCCUCCACUACUUCUUCAUUGAGGACUGGCAGUAUGUGAAUGAGUACAGACACAUGGUGGGAAUCAGGAAGAUAUUUGUGGAUCCCACUGGAACUAGAAUCAUCUUCAUUGAUGAUAAGAGUGAUGGCUUUGUUUACAACCCUGUAAAUGACCAGGUGGUAGAAAUACCAGAUUUCUCACCAACAACCAAAGGCAUCUUGUGGGAAAAUUGGUUAAGUGACAAGGGAAUUUUUGUGGCCUUUGAUGAGGAGAAAUUAUACACAAAUGUCUACUGCAGAGAAACAGUCAAUGAGUCAGUGUGUGAGUUGGUAGGGGUCACUAAGCUGCCCUAUGGCCAGGUGCCUAUGUUGUUAUACAAUGGAGAGGUCACCCUGCAGACACAGAGUGGGAAGACAUCUAACUUGGUCCUAGACACUCACAGUUUUGAUGGCAGAAACCUACAGGAGAUGCCUCCUGCUGAUGUGAAGACAGCUCUAGACCAGUGUAUAAAGCUGAGGAGAUACAAGGAUGCCUGGGCUCUCAGUGCUCACCUGGACUCCAGAGAGUCUUGGCUGGACCUGGGCAGAGCUGCCCUCUAUAAUCUGGAGAUAGACUUUGCCAUGCGUGUGUACAGACAGAUAGGAGAUGUGGGGAUGGUGAUGUCACUGCAGGCUAUCAAGGACUCUGAGGACAGGAAUCUGUUGGCUGGCUACAUAGCUAUGUUCACUGAGGACUUUAACAGGGCUCAAGAUCUGUUUCUGGCCUCCAGUAAUCCUCAGGCCGCUCUAGAGAUGCGCCGAGACCUGCUGCACUGGGACUCUGCACUGCAGUUGGCCAAGGCGCUGGCCCCUGACCAGAUCCCGUUCAUCUCCAAGGAGUAUGCCCAGCAGCUGGAGUUCACUGGGGAUUACACUAACUCCCUGAUGCACUAUGAGAAGGGGAUCACCAAGGAGGAGGCGUACAGGGAACAUGACGAGAACUGUGCUGCCGGGGUGGCUAGGAUGUCCAUCAGACUUGGGGAUAUCAGGAGGGGUGUAGGUAUGGCUGUACAGAUGCCAGGAAGAGCACUGAAGAAGGAUUGUGCACAGAUAUUGGAAAACAUGAAGCAAUGGUCUGAGGCUGCUAUGCUGUAUGAGAAAGGUGGUUACUAUGACAAGGCUGCGGCUGUCUACAUUAGGUCCAAAAACUGGGCCAAGGUUGGUGAGCUGCUCCCCCAGGUGACCUCCCCUAAGAUCCAUGCCCAGUAUGCCAAGGCUAAGGAGGCAGAUGGCCGCUACAAGGAGGCAGCACAGGCGUAUGAGAAUGCCAAGGACUGGGACAGUGUCAUCAGGAUCAACUUGGAUCACCUCCAGAACCCAGAAGAUGCAGUGAGGAUAGUAAGGGAAACACAGUCAGUGGAGGGAGCCAAGAUGGUGGCUAAGUUUUUCUUGAAGCUGAAUGAUUAUGCGUCUGCCAUCCAGUUCCUAGUGAUGUCCAAGUGCAAUGAUGAGGCCUUCCAGCUGGCACAGCAACAUGAUCAGAUGGAAGUGUAUGCAGAGAUUAUAGGCUCUGAUGCCACUGCAGAGGACUACCAGAGUAUUGCCCUGUACUUUGAGAAUGAAAAGAACCACUUCCUGGCUGGGAAGUUUUUCUUCUUGUGUGCCCAAUAUGGAAGGGCUCUCAAACAUUUCCUGCGCUGUUCUAACAGUGAUGAUAGUAAGGCAAUAGGGAUGGCCAUAGAGACAGUGGGGCAGGCCAAUGAUGAUGCUCUCACCCAUCAGCUGUUUGAUUAUCUACUGGGAGAAACAGAUGGUGUGCCCAAGGCCAGCAAGUACCUGUUCCGCCUGUAUAUGGCACUGAAACAGUUCAGGGAGGCUGCCAGAACAGCCAUUAUCAUAGCCAGGGAGGAGCAGAAUGCUGGAAACUACCGAGAUGCCCAUGAUGUUCUGUUCAGCAUGUACCAGGAACUGAAGCAGCAGAAAAUCAAGAUCCCAUCAGAAAUGGCUCAUAACUUAAUGAUUCUUCACAGUUAUAUACUGGCAAAGGUUCAUGUUAAGAGAGGGGACCAUCUCAAAGGGGCUAGGAUGUUGAUACGUGUGGCCAAUAACAUCAGCAAAUUUCCCUCUCAUAUUGUUCAGAUCCUCACGUCCACUGUGAUAGAGUGCCACAAGGCAGGACUGAAGAAUUCCUGCUUCAGCUAUGCAGCCAUGCUGAUGAGACCAGAGUACAGGAACCAGAUAGAUGUGAAAUACAAGAAGAAAAUAGAACAGAUAGUGAGAAAACCUGAUAAAACAGAGGAAGACGAGCCCACGACCCCCUGUCCCCAGUGUGGGUACGCCCAGGCAGAGACAGAGCUGGUCUGCCCCAACUGCAAGAAUAACAUUCCAUACUGUAUCAUUACUGGACGCCACAUGACGAAGGACAAUGUGACAGCAUGCCCCAGGUGUGAUUUCCCUGCUCUCAAGGAUGAGUUUCUUAGUGUACUGGAGACAGAAGAGAACUGCCCCAUGUGUUCAGAGAUGGUGAAGAGCGAGGAACUGAAAGAUGUCAUGGACCUGAACAAAUACAUGAAUCCUGACGAGGGAGAGGACUGAUGGCACCAUAAGAGCACUUCUUUUUGAACACAAUAUCAGAGAUUUGAAAAAAAAAGGUUGCAAAGUCAUGAGACAAAAGGAGUGGAUCAUAGAUUAUGGUAGAAGAGAGGAUACCAUAUGUCUCUUCUCUCCUAUUAAAAUUAACUUUUUACAUAACCCUGUUUUGCAUCAGGUAUUAUUGUAUUUAGAAGGCUAGGUGUUGAAAGCUUUUUAGCAGGUGACCAGCGGGUGAAAAGCUUUAUAUGAUAUCAUAAAGUUGUGAAUUUUGCUGUGAGGAGGAUAUUCUGAGAAACGAGCUACAUGUUUUUUUUUUAUUUGCAAAGAUGUUCGAUGCAUUAUCAAAUAAAGAAAUCCGUCCAUUUCAAUUAAUACUAAUGUUGUUUUUAAUUUGAAACUAUGUACAUUAUAUGUAUUGGAAGUCUCUAGUUGGAUAUUUUUUGUGAAUGUUAAGACGUGAUUGUGCACCAUCUUUACUGUAAAAAGACCGAGAGUUAUGGCAGAAGCAUGUGUGGUGACUGUUGAAAGCUUUCUGCUUUGAUAUAGCCUCUUCAUCUGACCAAGGCAAAGAUCUAUUUCACCAGACGUAAAGGUGAACGACCGUCUACCCGUAAUCCGCAAUCAGUAGGCAAAGGAGAAAUAUGUGGUAAUGAAACCUGUGUGGUGCGAUAAAACUAAUGAACUACGUGUAUAUACACUAAUUAAACCAACGUGGAAUUAUCACGAACAUCUUACCACAGGAAUCGAAUGUCUCUAGAAACAACCUACUUGUCCACAAGUAAAAGAACUGAAAGA